CAAAUGCAAUCCUAUUUUAACUACUAAUUAACAGAAAUCUCAAAAUCCAGUCAAAAUUGGAUUUCAUCGCUUUGUUUUGAUUUACAAAAGAAGACGGAAGUACGUCCAGAAACCCUCUUGGCUUUAUUUUCACUCUUUGGUUGUCGAACCAUUUGAUUCCAGUUUUGAUCAUUGUGGAGAGUCACUGCCGCCAUCUGGUGGCGGAGCGGCAAACUGCUGCUUCGUUGCCCAUCCCGCUUUGCUGGUGACCACCAAAAUGACCCGUGGCUGGCCUCUACCUCUAUUAAUCAGACGGAAAUAAAAAAAAGAGAAGAAAGACCCAAUUCACGCGUUCGUGUUAUGCAUAUUAAAUACUUUCUUUAAAUUUUUGGACUUCAGAAAUCAUUUUAGGGUCCUUUAAAACGUGGAUGGAGAAAUGUGGUGCUACCAGAAACCAGGCUUCGAAGCCCUCCUUCUCGCUGAGCUGCAGAGACAACAACAGUGCAGCCAGUUUUGUGACACUUUGCUCAAAGCUGGAGGUGUUUCAGUCCCAGCACACAGUUGCAUUCUGUCGGCCAUCAGCCCUCACAUCUCCUCGGCUCUGUCGUCCUCACCGGCGCCCCCUUCUGGACAGAGCCGUCUCCUGGAGUUCCAGGCACUGGGCGCCUGCACCCUGCUGCACAUCAUCCGACUCCUUUACUCCGGAGAGAUGGCCGGGGAGGGGGAGAGCGAGAAGCAGGAGGCCAUUUACGCUGCAGCCAAGCUCGGCAUCAGCGGCUUGGUGGAGGUGACAAAGAGCAGAGGAAGGUUUGGUGGAGGGACAGAGCAGUACACGGAGGUGGGGGUCCAAACGGAGCCACAGAGCACAGAGGAGCAUGAUGGGAGGCUGGUCAGGUGGAGGAGAGAGGUGAGGGAUGGGUCCACCUAUCUGUGGAAAGACACGGAGGUGUCAGGUGGAGGAAAAGACAUGUGGACUCAAACUGAGGAACAGCUUGUCGACUCAUAUCCUCCUGUCCCCUCAGUGGUCCCCUAUGAGACCAUCGACAUGAGCGUCUUCCAGAGUUUAAGACAGACAGAUCCUCAUCAGCUUGUCACGGUCAUCUAUCCACCCGAAGAAAACCAAACGCUGCAGUACACCUCUGCUCCACCAGGCUGUCUGCAGGAAUCCACCACACCUGGAAGCACAUCUGUCGCCAUCAUGACCCCACAGUACGCGCCUCUUCCUGCUCCUCUUCCUCAUUUCUCCACCCAGACGGCUCCCUGUGUGGCUGAUUCUCAGAGCUGCUGGGCCAACCCAAACCUAGAGGAGUGGGGAGGAAAGAGGUUGGAGCAGUUUGAAGGAAACAUCGUGGGAUUCAUCAACCACUUCCUGAAUCCGGAGAAGAGGAAUAGUCCCCGCAGGGGACGGGCAGAGAGGAGGCCAAGGGGUGCCCAGGCAGCCAAGAGUGGACAGCAGAGGACCAGGAGACCCAGAGUGAGCGUGGGAGGGAAGAGGAGAGCCGCGUUCACUCAGAUGGUGGAUGUGCAGGAGAUUGGGGUGGGCAAACUGCAGAAACUGUUCCUGCACAGGUGGAGGGUGAGGACGCCCAGAACAGGUCAGGGUGGGGGCGCUGUAGGUAGGAGGUUGCACCAAAAGACCAGGGAGGAGCUGGAGCCGGCCAAGAAGAAGCCAAGGGGACGUGGAAACGUUUUUGAGGAGGACCAGAGUCAGGAGGGGCAGCAAGGCAGAGGGGGAGCGAACACCCAGCGGGGCAGAAGAAAAACCACACAGCAGGUCGCCAAGGCCAGUCUUCCUAUUGGCACGGAUCAAAACGGCAGGAACCAACCAACACCAGAUUACCACUCUGAUCAAUCCAACAACCUCUACAGGGGGCCUAGUUUAACGUCUUCCAGUCCCUCCAUUCGACCGAUGCGUUCUCAUGCUGCGUCAUACGUUUCUGCAGCACCAUCCCAUCUCUACAGCCCGCAGUUUGCUCCUCCAGCUCCUCCACCUCAUGAGGACCAGCCUGAGCACAUCGAUCGUUUGUUGGAGGAGGUCUUUCAGGAUCUGGACAUCUUGCCAAACAACAAAGCUCCUCUUUCACAGUGUCUUUCAACAGGCAGCGAUGCUUCUGGCAACUCUGCUAUCCUAAACAAACACCAGGCCCAGAUUAGCAGCUCUGAGAUGCCAGUGCUGCAGCAGCAAUGCGAGGGGGAGCUGAAUGACAUUCUGGAAAACUUACUCCAAUCAUUUGAGCAGCAUGUUGAAAGCAAUAACACCAGGAAGGAGAACGAGAUACGUGUUGAGAGCUCUCCAGAAACCAGACAGCCAGUCGUUGUCCAGAGGAAACACAAAACAGCCAAGAUUCAUGAGGAAACCCCUCAUACACCGUCUCUACAGCGCAUAGUCAAUCACUCUCAAACACCUGGUGUACAGAGAGGUGAUACCAGACUAUCAGACAUCCAGGACGUUUCCUCCAGAAACUCCAAAUCCAUCACAGCAGCAAGGAGGCCGAAGAGAAGGAGGUCAAACACGUAUCUGUUCUCGUUAGAAAAAAGAAGGGUGAAGAAGCUGCCACUGCUGCGGGACUCAAAGGCCACGUCGGGUCAGCAUCAGCAGGAGAAGCAGCUGCAGCAGACACCGGUGGUAAAACUGGCCAGAGACAACUUGCUGUCAGUCAGAGCGGCGCUGCAGGGAAACAACUGUGAGGAGAAGAGUCCAUCACCAGCAAAGGAAAAGUCCCAUUUUAACCAUUUCAGAAGGCACUUGGUCACAAAGUUCUACCCAAUCAGGAGCAGAUUUAGGGAUCCACAAAUCCAGGACUUUUUGCCUUUUCUGGAGGAGAAUCCUGUACAGAAAACAAGACCACCAAAUCGAAGGUGUGGCAGGUCAAAGAAAAACGGAAAUCUUCUUGGUUCGUCUCAUGUUGAGAGUACAACAACGUCAGAGAACAACCCUGAGACGGAAACAUGUGCAACGGUCAUUGAGGAGGAUGAUAUAGAUGUGAUUGGAGGUAUGGGGCCAGCCCCUGAACCUGUCAUCAUAACCUGGACAGACUCCUCAGAGGAAGAAAUUGAUGUUGGGAUCUGAUUCAAAGAAGUUAGUUAUUUUCAUUGGUUUACAGGUUUUCACAGCUAAUUUGUGGCUGUUCACUUUGUUUUAGCUGUUAGCAAACCGUUUGGAGGGUUUUAAAGCCAAAGGGUAAGAGGUAUUUUAUCUUAGUUGUAAAUAUGUUCAGCAAUCUGAUUCAGAUGUGUAAGAUCAGGAAUAUUUUUAAAAGUUACAAAGCAAUGUUUGAAGAAUGGAGUCUUCUGGUUUACAGCAACUUCAUGUUGUAGCAUGGCCUAGUCAAAGUCCAGGCUUACAGCCAGCUAAGUAUCUGUAGCAACACUUGAAAAUUGCUCUCCACAGAUGUGCUCAUUCUGAUGAGACUGAAAUUGAUCUGUUUCAUAAAGUGAAAUUAGGAAAAUGUUAAAUGUUUCACAAAGUUCUGACUCAGGAAAGUACAUUUUUUCUUUAUAUGGGAAUCUAGAAAAGUAAUAGAAACUGACUUCUCUGUGAGAUGCAUCUGAAUAAGUUUCCAAAUUUCCCAAUGGAUGUGUAUUGAAUUGGGAGCUGGCGCCCCCUUGUGUUGACAGGUGCUGUGUGCUUGCAGCUGAGAAUAGGUCAAUAAGUGUUUGUCGCACCCUUCCCAUGCGGGAUGAGGCGUAAAUAAUUCUGUUGCAUCUUCAUUUCAGUUAGUUUCUGAGCGCCAUGUUUGGCAGCGCCAGCUGGGGUUGUAACGUUUCCAUAAACUGGAACUGUUUCUGUCGCUGUAGUGGGGGAGUGACGGGACGAGCGGCUCAAUGUUACGCAAGAACCGCUGCUGUUGUGGGGUGACUGUACGCACAAAAAACACUUUUUAAAUUUUAGUUUCUAAAAACUAAUAAUUUUCCCUUCAAAUCUUUUAAAUGUCAUGUCACAUAAGCUGAAAUCCUAACAAAUAGAUUGAUGUUUGUUUGAUAAUAUGUUGGGAAAUUGAUGAUUAAAUGCUUCUGUAUGCACCUGAAAUGUUAAAACUUUUGGUUACAUCUUCUAAAGUUAGCUUUUUUU